CUAAAUCUAUCUCUAUAUAAUUAGAAUACCAUGAGGCAGGGUUAAACCUUUGUAAAACACACAACUGAUUGGCGAUCGCUAAAACGAGAUUUGAAAGCAACUCAAAUAAAAGAUCGCGACGUCAGUAAACAGAUUUAAGGAAAAAAAAAAAAAAAAGAAGAAGAAAAAAAAAAGCAGCUAGUGACAAACCCGGCGAGAGCGAGCUCUGGGUAUGAGAGAGAGAGGGAGGCAGAGGGAGAGAGAGAGACUUAAAAGAAAUAGGAGGGGCUUGUGAGAGACUAGAAAUGUCAAUCAGAGCCCAGAGUCCCAAUAAUCUCAGGCAAUCUGUUAGGACCUGACCUGGGUCCACUCAGAUCAAUAGGAAAAGUGAGAGAAGAAAGAAGCGAUCGGAUCGUUUACCGCGGCGGCCGAGGACAGGAGGGAGCCCGCGGCCUCCGCGCACCCCCGGCUCCCCCCCCAUGUCCGCCGGAGUUUGCGGGAGGCUCUGAAAGUGCGGGCGGCCGGCGAGGGCGAGCGACCCGGCUCCCACCUCCGCUCCCGGCCCUGCUACUUUCUCCCCUUUCUCUCCCUUCUUCCUCUCUUCUCCCCCCCCCUCCUCCUCCCCCCUCCCCUGCCCCCGCUCCCCCACCAUGUCUUUCCCCCAGCUGGGCUACCAGUACAUCAGGCCGAUUUACCCGGCGGAGCGCCCGGGGAGCGGCGGCUCCCGCGGCGGCGCCGAGCUGGCCCCGUCCGGGACCCUCUCCAACGUGCUCUCCUCCAUGUACGGCGCGCCCUACGCCGCCGCCGCCGCCGCCCAGGGCUACGGAGCCUUCCUGCCCUACGCCGCCGAGCUGCCCAUCUUCCCCCAGCUGGGCGCCCAGUACGAGCUGAAGGAGAGCCCGGGGGUGCAGCACGCCGCCUUCCCCCCCCACCACCCCGCCUUCUACCCCUACGGGCAGUACCAGUUCGGGGACCCGUCGCGGCCCAAGAACGCCACCCGGGAGAGCACCAGCACCCUCAAGGCCUGGCUCAACGAGCACCGGAAAAACCCCUACCCCACCAAGGGCGAGAAGAUCAUGCUGGCCAUCAUCACCAAAAUGACCCUCACCCAGGUCUCCACCUGGUUCGCCAACGCGCGGCGGCGGCUCAAAAAGGAGAACAAAAUGACCUGGGCCCCCCGCAGCAGGACGGACGAGGAGGGCAACUCCUACGGGAGCGACCACGAGGGGGAAGAGGACAAGAGGGAGGACGAGGAGGAGAUCGACCUGGAGAACAUCGACACCGAGAACAUCGAGAGCAACAAGGACGAGCUGGAGGACGAGCUGCAGGACGCCGACCUCCUGCACUCCGACUCCAAGACGGACUCGGAGGGUUCCGAGGGCUUCGAGGACCUGCCCGGCUCCGAGGAGCGCUACCUCAAGGCCGCUGAUGGGGAGCCGCACCACCUCCGCCACCACCACCACCAUCUCCACCACCACCACCACCACCACCACAAGUGCGAGCUCCCCGCCGCUGCCGCCCCCGUCGGCCUGGAGCCCCUCAAGCCGCCCCUCCAGCCACCGCCGCACCACCUCUCGCCCCCCUCCUCCGCGUCCUCCUCUGCCGCCUCCUCCCCGACGGACGGCGCUUUGGCCGCCACCCUGCCGAAGCCCAAGAUCUGGUCGCUGGCCGAAACGGCCACCAGCCCGGACAAUCCCCGCAAGUCUCCCGGCGGCGGCUCCCCUCCGGCGGCCGCCCCCCCGCCGCUGCCGCUGCCCCCGCCGCCGCCCCCGCCGCCCCACAGACUCGUCUCCUCCUGCCCCCUGGGCAAGUUCCCCAACUGGACCAACCGCGCCUUCCCGGCCCACCACCACCACCCGCCCCCGCACCCGCUGGCCUUACUGAACACUCCCCACCUGCUGGGGCUGGGGGCCGCCCCCGCCGCCCCCCCCGCCGCCGCCGCCGCCUUCCCGCGGCCCGCGGACCAGGCGCAGAGCGCGGAGCCCGCCGGAGCAGAUCGAUCUAGUGCCUUGGAAGUAGAGAAAAAGUUAAUAAAGACAGCUUUCCAGCCAGUGCAGAGGCGGCCCCAGAACCAACUUGAUGCCGCUAUGGUUCUAUCGGCGUUGUCAUCAUCAUAGUUAAUUUUUUUUAUUGUUGUUGUAAUGACUGUAAAAAAAAUCUCUGUAUAGUUACAACUUGUAAGCAUGUCCGUAUAUUAAAACUAAAAAGGAAAAAAAAAUACCCGCUUCUGUACUAUCAUCUGGAUUAGCUGAGUUUGUGAGGUUUUUUGGAAGUCCAGUGAGAAUUAGGUGUUUCGGUUUUUUGUUUGGUUGUUUUUUUGUUUGUUUGGGUUUUUUUGUUUGGAUUUUUGUACAUACAGUAAAAAUGUACAUACGUGUGAAACAAAUUGUACAAGAAAGUAUAUAUUUUUGGCUAAUAAACAAACUGUUGCCACUUUGACUACA